UUUAGAAUUUUCGAAUGCCAUUGUUUAGAGCAACAUAUCCAAAGUGUGUCUUUAAUCGCUUGUUUGAAGUGAAACUAUUUUCAGCGGAGGAACUGGUAGAACUCCAGACUUUAUCUCAACUCUCCGCCUCUUGAAGUCCGACCUACAUCUGACUACUUUGGUCCUUUGCCGUUUGCACAGCAGUCUGCGCUCUGCCCCACAUUUAAUUUGGUAAUUCUCGCCGCCACCGCUCGCCUGACGCUGCGUAAAAGCCGCUGCGCACCGCUUAGAAAUGUAGUUGUUUUUACGCACAACCGCGGUCUCCAAAAUGGACCUAAGAGCCGAACUCCUCAAGUCCAUCUGGUACGCUUUUACAUCGCUGGACGUGGAGAAGUGCGGGAAAGUGUCCAAAUCGCAGCUAAAGGUGCUUUCUCACAAUCUGUACACAGUUCUGAACAUCCCACACGAUCCAGUGGCUCUGGAGGAGCACUUCCAGGAUGAUGACGACGGGCCGGUGUCUAAUCAUGGCUACAUGCCCUACCUCAACAAAUAUAUAUUGGACAAGGUCAAAGAGGGGAUGUUUGACAAGGAGAAGUUUGAUGACCUGUGCUGGAUGAUGACCAUGAAGAAGAACUACAAAGGGUUAAAGACGGGGUCACUGCUAUCAGAGAGAGACAGCUUCAAGCUCUUCUGUUUAUUCAACCUCCUGUCUGAGGACCGCUACCCGCUGGUGAUGAUAGCAGAGGAGGUGGAGUAUCUCCUCAAGAAGAUCUCCACAGCGAUGAGUCAAGAGUGGGAUGGGAAGCUCCUGGAGGACUUAAUAUUCCAGGAUGCCACAUUGCGGGAGGAAGGCAUGUCCGUGUGGACCUUCCUGGAGCACAUGGAAGCAGGCCGGCUGCUGAGGGUCACCAGUGCAGAGGCUUUCAGUCUGGCCUUGAACGAGGUGUUUCUGGAGAUGUAUCACAACGUCCUCAAGAGGGGCUACAUGUGGAAGAAGGGCCACGUGCGUAGGAACUGGACUGAGCGCUGGUUUGUGCUGAAGCCCUCCUCCAUGGCUUACUACGUCAGCGAGGACUUAAAGGAGAAGAAAGGGGAAAUCCAGCUAGAUAAGAGCUGCAUCAUAGAGCCUAUUCCAGACAGGGAGGGGAAACGCUGUAUGUUCUGUGUGAAAACCCACAACAAAACCUUUGAGAUGAGCGCGCCGGACCAGAGACAGAAGGUGGAGUGGACUCAAGCCAUUCAAACAUCCCUCCGUCUUCAGCAUGAGGGAAAGCCUUCGUUUCACCACGAGCUCAAACUUAAGAGACGGGUCCAGCGGGAACACAGCCAGCGAGAGCGCAGCCGGAGCGCUCGCAGCAGCUGCAGCAGCCGCAGCAGCCAAUCAGAUGACCUGAACAUCCAAGACAUGGAGAAGAUGGAGAAAGACAAAGACAAGCAGGAUUUAGAGAUUGAAAGUAUCAUCCAGGUAGGAGAGGGACGAUUAAUCACUUUUAUGACCACUGGCAAUAAUAAUACUAUGAUAUUGAUGUAUUUGCUUAAUGGACCAUGUGUGUGUGUUUGUAUGUGUGUUUCGCAGCACGCACGGGAACUGGAAACCCGCCGGAGGGAGGCGGAGGAGAGAGAGAGGAAGAAACAGAAGGAGGUGCAGAUGGAGCUGGAGAGACAGCUGAAAGAGGCUGAGAUGAUGAGAGACAGCAUGCAGGCUGAGAUGGAAAUGAAGGAAAGGGAGGCUGAGCAGCAGAAGAAAAGGAUCAAGGAGUUGGAGAUGAUACAGCAGAAGCUGGAAGCUGCUCUUUCCAUCGAGAUCCAGACCCGGCUGGAGGAGGAGAGGGCCAGACAGGAGCUGGAGAGGUUGCUGCAGGCUGAAGAGGAGAAGAAGAAGCAGUUCAAGUUCCUGCAGGAUCAGCAGAGGGCCAUACAGAACCUCAGCCCCAUACAGGAAGCCUUAGAAAGCAGCCCAGACGAGGAGACCCCCUCAGCCCUCCACUCGGCCUCUCAGGAGCUCCAGGAUCUGCGGGCGUCUCGUCAGAGGAGCCACCAGCACCUGGAGGAGGUUCAGGAGAAGCUGAGGAAUGCCAGUCAACACGUACGGCACUGGAACGUGCAGCUGAACCGCCUGAUGACGCCCAUUACUCCUGGAGACCGUCUGGAACAUCGCCUAUCAUCAAAUCGCAAGUGUCCCAAAAAGGAGGGAGCUCUGGCCAGCAAUGAGUUUCUCACUAAAUUCAGGAUCAGAGGUCAGAACAGCCAGACGGAAGAAAACAGCGAAAGCCUGGAGGAGCAGCUGGAGACCACAAACCUGUACGAUGAAUCCGACGAACCGCAGGAAAAACCCAACGGACAGGCGUGAUCACCGUGAUGUCAGUUCAGAAAUGACAAGAGAAAUUCUGUAAUUGUGUAAGACUGAGUAAACAGAGAAAAGAUAUUAAUGAUACAAAAAGUGUUGUAUUAUAUUUAUGUUUGGAAUGACAUGCCAAGCUGGAGAGUGAUGAUGACAACAAGCACAAUGUGAUGCAAGAUUUAAUUAAAACACAUCUAAGACUCAGUGAGAUUUACAAUUUUGUACAAUAAAGUUUAUUGGUGAAUGAUAAAA